AUGAAUAAAAAUGCAGAUACAGGAGAUGUUAAAUAUCUAAAAAUACAAGUAAUUGGAGGAGAACUCCCCGGUCCAGUUUUGGCACAGAGAGCGGGUUCAUGGGGUAUACCAAUAAAGAAAGUAGGUGAGGAUAUUAAAGCAGCCACUGCAGAAUAUAAAAGCCUUAAAGUUAUGGUCGGUGUUACAGUAUCAGGAGGAAAAGCCACAGUGGAGGUCUUACCUAAUACAUCUACUUUAAUUAUCAAAGCAUUGAGAGAACCACCAAGAGAUAGAAAGAAGGUUAAAAAUAUUAAACACGAUGGAGACUUAAAAUUUAGUGAUGUUAUUGAAAUAGCUAAGAAAAUUAGAAUUAAAUCAUUUAGUAAAAAAUUAGCAGGAACUGUUAAAGAAGUUCUUGGAACAUGCUAUUCGGUUGGAUGUACUGUUGAAGGCAGAACACCUAGAGAAGUUACAGCUUCUAUCAAUUCUGGGGAGAUUAGAAUUCCAGAUGAAUAA